GUUGCUGAUGGCUCGGCUCAUGUUGGGUCUGGAGCCCUGUCGAGACUUCCAGGUUGUUUGCCCAGAAAAUGUCACCUACUACGAUAAGACGGUCCAUCCGCUAGCCAACACUGUUUGGAAUAACAAGCCUGACUCCCUAGCGCUGAUAGCAGAGGAGAUCCACAGAAUCGCAGCUCGCGGCGACAAAGUGGACUUCUACACCAUUGCCCCUGGAAGAGGCCAGAUUGCCGACGUGCUUUCCACCAUUGAGACAAGAUACCCAGACAGCUUUGCAGCCCUGUGCCAAAGUACCCAUGUGGUGAUGUACACCGGCUCCUUCAACACUUCAGGGUGUGAGCCCCGCGACCUUGAGUACCUUUGCAAGCUCUCCGCGUCCCAACCUCUCGUUGACAUCUCCAAGUUCGUUUUCUUCGGCCGAGCCGAUGCUGAUCCAGUCACGGCCAGCGCCGACAGCUUCGCAGCGGAAACGCUGGCGCCGGCGCUUUCGAAAAAAUCUCGGCUCCUGGCCGCUGCUGUGGUGGUCUUCGCAGAGGAGUUCCAGGGCAACUUGAUCUUGCCUGACAAGCCGUUCCUCUUCCGAGGCUCCACACUCACAGACGAAGAGCAGCAUCGUUUCAAAACAACCAUUGCUCCAUUGGCCAGCGUCAGCCUGCAGAAGUACUCAGAAAGCCUAAUGAACGAUGCAGAGCUCUUCAAGAAGGUGGCAGGAUAUAAGCAGAGCACAGUGAAGGCCUUUGCGCUUGGGACCUGCGAUGCUCCGCUUUGCGAUGAAGUCUGCUUCCUUUUCGAGUGGUGCUUGGAAAACCGCAAAGACUCCAUGUUGGAUGCGACAGGGGAGGGAGGAAAGUGGUGGAUUGACUCCACGAAUGGCUUCUCAGGCAUUGCGACGGAGUCCAGCCCGGCACCAGAGCGAGCUCGACUCCUUGGUGUGCAAGCCCUCCAGCCAAGCAUGAAGGAGCCCAAGGAUCAGGCUCUUCUGCAGAAGAUGCGGGAGAUUUUAGAGGAGUAUGUGAUUCGACACAUGGACAGCUUCACGGAGAACGGGUCCUGA